ACAUUAAUUUUUAAAAAAAAAUUAAAUUGUUGUGGUUUUAUUCAUACCAACGCACAACAAAUUGGUGACCCCGGACAAAAAAUAAGAACAGCCAAUUGAACGGAAAUCAGACCUACUAAUGGCAACCACCGCUACAAAUUCUGGACCAUCAAUGGAAGUUUCGCGAGUAGCUGUGAAAGCUCCACCAUUUUGGCGUUCAGACCCGCUGCUUUGGUUUAAACAAAUGGAAUCGCAAUUCAUUAUGGCUGGUAUUACGCAAGAUUCCACAAAAUUCCAUACCAUUGUCGCAUCUAUUGAAAGCAGUAUUUUGGAGAAGGUAUCAAACAUCAUCGUCGAUCCUCCUGCGGAAAACAUGUACGACACGCUUAAGGAAAAACUUAUUAGCAGUUUUUCGGAUUCAGAGGAGAAGCGUCUCAAGAAGCUUUUGACUAACGUUGAACUUGGAGACAAGAAGCCUUCAGAGUUAUUAUCCGAAAUGCGGUCUUUGUCUCAAGGUAAGGUUUCAAACGACAUUUUGAAGCAGUUGUGGAUGCAACGUCUUCCUUCACAAAUGAAGGCGAUAUUGUCAGUUAGUGAAGAUAGUCUUGACAAAUUAUCAACGAUGGCCGAUAAGAUUGCGGAUAGCAGUGAAUCGGAUGUGUGCAGCUUUUCUCCAUCGAGCACUCGUUUAGAGGAAAUUGAGAAGAAAUUGCAAACGCUCUGCACGCAGAUAAAUUCCUUCAGGAAGUCAAGAAGCCGUAGCAAGUCAUCAUCAUCAAGGAAUAGACGGUCAAAUUCCGGAAGCAAAUCAAAACCUUAUUGUUGGUAUCAUUUCAAAUUUGGGGAGAAAGCCAGAAAAUGUCUUGCUCCAUGCAAUUAUAAGCCUCCAACUUCGGAAAACUGAAUGGUGCACCAUCUUUGGUGACGGAUGAGUGUACCCCAGAUAUAUGUCGCCUGUUUGUUCGAGACAUUAAAUCGAAAACCAGGUAUUUAGUAGAUACAGGGGCAGAUUUAACGGUAUAUCCUGUGUCGCAAUCCAUGCGAAAUCAACCUCCCAGUCAGCUUGUUUUGUAUGCCGCAAAC